GCAUUGGAGCAAGAGAGCGAGAGAGAGGAAGGGAAAGAGAGGGAGUGGUUAAGAGAGGGGGAGGGAGGGAGAAAGAGGGGCCUCCUCCUAGUUGCUAGGGCAACUUGACAUCACAGUGACGAUUUCCUCCAUUUAAAAGCUUUUAACCGGAUCCCUCUCCUGCCCUAGGCCUCAUUUUGAGUCCUCUUUCAGCUAAGCUCGGGGGAAGGGCACAGCACAGGCAGAGCGGUGUGUGACUGUUUGCAACCACAUUCCACUGACAGCAUAAGAAAUAAUGCUAGACAGCAGAGAAGGGCUUUCAAACUAAACCGUUUUUGGGGCCUAUUUUUGUUUACAAAACCAAAACAGGAAGAGAGUGCUUUUGAGAGGGCUUUCAAAAUGGCUGCCGAGGAGAGUUUUAGUUACCUCAUUCCGGGCCACAGCGAGAAGCACAGAAGGGCCCGAAACUGGACCGAUGCAGAGAUGAAGGGGCUUCUGUAUGUAUGGGAACAGAACGUCGCCGAGCUGAAGAAAUGUAAGAGGAACGCCAAGAUCUACGAGAAGAUGGCCCAGAGGUUCUUCGAGCUCACUGGAGAACAACGCCAUCGGGAGGAGAUAAAGAUGAAAAUCACCAACAUGUCUUUCCAGUACAGGCAAGUGAAAAUGAAGUGCACAACCAAUGGGAGCGGUGGGACACCCGACUGGCCGUACUACAAAGCAAUAGAGAAGCUCCUCACCAAGACUGAUGAUAAUGGGAGUAUGAACCCGUUUGAGCUCCAGUCUCCUGGCCCCUCCACCUCCACAGAGGCCUCGAUGUCCCAUGCGGAGGGCCUCCCCAUGGGCUUCCUUCCGGAGUACACAGGCUCCUCGGACGAGAUGGAGAUGAGGGAGGACCUGGAUGGAUGGGAGAGCUCUGGCAGCCUGCACUCUGGGCUUCCCUGUCCUGAUUCCCACCCGGCGCCGGCCAAGAGAAAGAAGGUGCACCAGCACCUGUCUCUGAAGCGGCGGAAGCUGAAGGUGAUGGAGGCCAUGCUGCAGGAGCAGCGAAAGGUGAGCCGGGCAGUGGAGGAGACGUGCCGCGAGGUGCGCCGCGUCAUGCACCAGCAGAACUUCCUCCAGGUGCAGAGCCUGCAGCUCCAGGAACGCAUGAUGAACCUGCUGGAGAAGAUGAUCCAGCCACUGACUGCCCCCACGCCAGCCUGGGGCGCUGCUGCCCAGCCUGGGGUCAAAGAGCCAGGCCAGGGAUGAAGGGUCCAGAGUGAGGGGUCCAAGGAGGGUGGUGAUGGUGGUCAGGACUCCCUAAAAACAUGCCACUUCGAUACAAGGGACUUUUCGUAGCAGGUUAGGUGAGCAUUUUUGCUAACCCUAAACCUAAACCUAACCCUUUCCCUAACCUUAACCUAAUUCUCCUAACCUGCUACAUUAAUUCUCCUAACCUGCUGCGUAAGUUCUCCUAAGCUGCUACGAGAAGUCGUAGCUGUAUCGAAAUUGCGUCCCGGUGGUGCUCACUAUAUGGCUAUGCUAGAAAAUAAAUGCCAUAUGCUACAUGGCUAUGUGUUAAAUACUACAUGGCUAUGUGUUAUAUGCUACAUGGCUAUGUGUUAUAUGCUAUAAUAUGGCUAUGUGUUAUAUGCUAUAAUAUGGCUAUGUGUUUUAUGCUAUAAUAUGGCUAUGCUUCACCUGGUGUAUGACACUUUUUAACAACUGAUUGAGAGUAAAUAAUGUCAAUCUCACCCUAACCUUACCCCUGACCUGAAUGCUCACUCGCAGAGAGAGGAAAAAAGCAACUUGCUCAUCAGUGCUGAGAGGCCUGUUUCAUCCUUUCUAGCAUGGCCAUCUAGUGGUUGCUGCGAGAGAGUGAGAGGUCAGGGGUGAGGGUUCAGAGGUGUAUGGCUGAGGCUGCUUUAAGACAAGUUCCACCAUUCAUUGACCGAUUUGAGAGAUAUCUACAAGCUAGGAAAAUACUGUGCUUAUUCACAUUGACAAAAGACAACAUUUGUCCACAAAUUCUAUAUCUUAAUGACAAAAGGCAUGGGCAUUUGGUGUUGUAUCACUUAUUUUCUAAUGUGUGUCCUGCUAUGGUGUAUGCAUCUUCCAACUAGCAUAGCCUACUUGUUUGAAAUGUAUGACUGAAAUAAAAACGUAUGUUCUGUUGUCA